AUGAUGCUUUCAUCAAAGAAACUCGCCGCACAGUUGGUGUGGCUUUCUUGCCUACUUGCCGUUGCCUCGGGCCAGGGUGAUGCUUGCUUUGAUGAACGCAGCAGCAAAUACUUUUCCAAGAACGAUUGGAAGUACUGCCAACAGCUGGAGCCUAAUCUGUUCAUGUACUACGCUCCCCUUGUUGAAGACCAAGGAGGAAAUGUAAUGCUCGGCUUGCAUGCGACGAGUGACACUACUGGGUGGACCGCUCUGGCAUUGGCCGGCAAUGGCGGUAUGAAAGGAGCCUCCCAAAUCGUUGUUCGCCGUGACAAUGACAAUGGCAAUGGCAAUGACAAUGACAAUACUGAUUGGGUCGCAGAAGAUAGAUACUCCACCGAUUAUUCAACCCCUCUCAUGGAUGAAUCGCAAGACGUGAAACUUCUCUUUGCCGAUCAGACGGAUGAGGGUGAAACAGCAUGGGGUGUCCUGCUCAUGAUCAACCCUUGUGAUGAACCAUUUGAUUAUCCUAUUGAAGACAAGAGCACCUACAUGCACUGGGCAGCUGGAAGUGAUCACACAUUCUCCUUUCAUGGGAACAAGCGAGGACAGUUCCAUGCAAACCUCUUCCAAGCUCCACAAGUCGUGCCCUCCACAGAGGGUUUGGACUACAUUGAUUUUGUCAUGCCAAAUGUCCCUGUGGUGGUGGGAGAGGGUGGCACGGAUCCAACCAAUCCCUACAUUUGUGGCUUUUUUGACUUGGAUGAAAUCUACGCAGGCAGUGGGCACAGUAGCCAAGACAAGAUUCAUGCCAUCCACAUGACACCGGUGAUUGCGGAAACAUCCAAGAAGUACGUGCACCAUCAAAUCCUCUAUGAAUGCUCCUUUGGUGGUGCAGAUUCCCAAUUUGAUGAUGAUGACGAUGAUGCUACUCCGGUGGAUGUGGACAAUCUCCAGCAUUUGCAGAUUGUCCCAGAGUGUGAGUCAAUGCCUCCUAAUUGCUGGGAGAUGAAGUACGGUUGGGCUGUUGGUGGUCAGGAUAUCAUUUUGCCGGAUGAUGUCGGGAUUCCCUUUGGCGAAGGAAAGCGAUGGUUGGCACUACAGGUCCAUUACUACAAUCCAAACCUCGAUGAAGGAGUAACCGACAGCUCUGGUGUCCGAGUCUAUAUCUCCCCAGAAGUUCGUAGUCAAGACGCGGCAAUUAUGGAAUUCGAUUCUGGCACUGUUGCAUAUCAGCGCCCUCCCAUGCCCAUGGGAGUUGCAAACUAUGAGCUUCCACCCUUUGUGGUCCCUUCCAGUUGCACCUCAAGCGUCUGGAAUCAACCACUCAACAUCUUGGGUGUUUUUCAUCACCUUCAUAGGCUUGGAAGGCAAAUGGAGCUUGUCGUUGAGCGGGAUGGCCAAAACCUGGGGCCAUUGCGCAAAGAGUUUGGCUAUGAUUUCAAUCACCAAACUAUCGAAGAGAGCCCCUUUAAGGAGCUGCUCCCAGGUGACCAAAUUGUUGUCAAAUGCUCCUAUGACACAACCAGUGCAACCAAAAACGUGUCUUUUGGGGAACUGACCCAGGACGAAAUGUGCUAUGGAGGGGUCCUGUAUUACCCCCGACAACAGGAUGACUUAUUCCAUUACUAUCCUCCCCAAGCCAACCCUUCCUCCUGUUCCGCUCCAGGCACCGGAGAAUGGGCCAAUGUUAGCCGCUGCGCUCAGGCAUUUUCCGAGUCUGUACCCAAGUUUUUCGACUACGAAAUGCCAUUCGAUUUUGAUGCUGUCACAAUGUGCAAUGCUGAUUGGUUUGAAUCCGAGGUUGGCUGGUUCUUUGAUGAUAUUUGCCCCACCUGCCAGGCAACCCAGAACUGUACUGUGGAAGAGGUGGCUACGCAUGCACAAGAGGACUUUUGUGUCCGUUGGUGCUCUGAAAAUGCCAACCUAUCCUUGUACCCUGACUUGAGUCGUACAGAUCCCCACGAUACCGGUGCCUGGGGAUGCCCCAAUGAGCUGUUCAAGGCACCCGUCCCAUUGGAUCCACCUGUGUGUGAGACUAUUGGAGAUCUCUCCCUGGAGAUACCAGAGAGUGCAGCGGGCAACCGAACAGAUGAUGAUCUCGUGUCGGAGAGCUUCAGUGGUGCUGAUGGUGUCUUUAGCUCCCCUGUGCCCAGCAUCCUUUCUGCCACAACCUUGAUUCUGCUAUUCACUGCGAGUUUCUAG